UCAUAUCUUGCAGCAGAGUUUCACUCCAUCUCUAGCUGCAAAAAAAGUAACAUCAUGUUUGUUUUCAUCUUAAGCUGGUACGCGGGAAAGUUCUUCUUAGUGACCAUGAAAAGAAACUAAGUUGUUAAUUUUGUCAAAGAGACUAAAGAAAAAGGGGUUCAAGAUAGAAUCAGUUAACAUUGUUAAAAUCCACUCAAAUUUUAUAUGGAGUAGUUCAAAAGACAGUGCAUUCCUUUUAUGUAUGUGGCCAUAGGCUAGAUAUGGCAAGUGAUUCGUUACCAUUGGUCGCCGCACCUCGAUCCCAGACUCUUGCUGCAGAUCAGAAGAAAGAUAUUGCUUGGGAAUGGGCUGAAAGCAAUGAUCCGUCUAGAAAAAAACACUCUAACCUGUAAGAUAUGUGGGAAAAUAGUCUCUGGGGGAAUCACUAGAUUCAAGUACCAUAUAUUGAGUAGGGUAGGGGAAGUUAGAGGAUGUCCCAAUGCAACUAAAGACAUUAUUGCCAAGAUUAGAGAGGUAGAAAUAAUAAAGAAGAAGCAAAAGGUUCACAUGGAUCAGAUUGAUUUGAUGUAUGCAACAGCUGAUUUCAAUGGAGAAACUGGAGAUGAUGAAGAUAUUGAGGUAGAAGAGGUUGAAGCGGAUGUCGUUGUUCCGUCUAAAAGGAAAUAUAAAGGUGCAAGUAAUGUAAGGGGUCCUAUUGAAGAAUUUAUGAAAACUGAUUACUCAGAAGUGCAGCAAACAACACUCGAGAGGCAAAGUGUUACUAAAAUGAAGUUGAAGGAUAAGGCGUGGGAUAGCAUAUCGGCUUGGAUGACUGAAAAUGCUAUACCUUUCAAUACUGUUCGUUCCCCUAGUUUCCAAGUGAUGCUCCAUUCUAUUGGAGAAUAUGGAAAAGUGCUUAGCUAUGCCGGCGCCAUCGUACCAUCAUAUCCGUUCAACUCUCUUCAAUAUGCAGCUUGAAGAAAUGAAGAAGUUUGUUGAGACGUUUAGACCACAUUGGAAGAGAUUUUGGUUGUUCUAUUAUGUCUGAUGGUUACAUGGAUGGAAAAGGGCGCCAUCUUAUUAACUUUGUGGUAAAUUGUCCAAAAGGAUCAGUCUUCUUGAAGUCGGUGGAUGCAUCAUCACGAACGAAUGAUCAAUUUUAAAUAGCUGAACUCAUUAAUGAGGUGAUUGAAGAUGUUGGGAUUGGUAAUAUUGUACAAUUUAUUAGUGAUAAUGGUUCUAAUUUUAAGGCUGCUGGGAAGCUUUUAAUAAUUGAUGACCCAACCUUAUAUUGGACUCCGUGUGCUGCCCACUGCGUCAACCUAAUGCUGGAAGAUCUUGGUAAGAAGCUUACACCGAUAACUAGAGCUGUCACUCUAGGUAAGAGAGUUGUUACAUACAUUUAUGCUCACUUUCAAGUUUAGAUUUGAUGAGAGAGAUGACAGGGAAUAAAGAGUUGCAUCGGUCUGCAAAGACUAGAUUUGCAACCCAAUAUUAUACACUUCACAGCCUUCUUGAGCAUAAAACCCAAUACCUAUUUUUUUUUGAUGCACUUGUAGAAGAAGAUAAUUGGUUGGACCCUGAGAACUUGAGUUAUUUGAUUCAUCAAGCUGAUGAGUUUAUUGGUGCUCAAGCAAACCAUGCUAUGGGUGUCAGUUCAGGACCAGUUACGCGAGGUAGAUGACGAGUUCCUAGUAUCCACUCUCCAACUGAUGCCAUGGACGCUGAAUUUGAUUCUGAUUUCAACUGUGAACCUCGAGGAACUGCCACUGAGGGAUUAUAUGGUGUUAAACGUCCUUUGGCUGAUCCUGCAAACGCUAUCAUGGAUGAUCUGCUUUAGAAAUCUAACUAAUGGUAUGACACAAAUAUUUUUUUGUCUCUUAUUCUGAUUUCAAGAAAUGUAACUAAUGUCAGACUUGGUAAUGUGUUUUAUAUUUUGAUUAUGAUUUCUUGAACUGUUACUGUUAGUUCAAGAAAGUAGGUCUACUAAUUUUGGUAACUCCAUAUAUGAUUAUGGUGGAUGUAAUUAUUGUAAAUGUGAUGCUGGGCUAACAUUACUGCCAAAGCUCGGUCUUGGUUGUUGAUACAACAAGCCUCUAAUCAACCACCUCUUAUUUUGUAAGACAA